CAGGUAGUAGUUGUGGACAUCCGGACUUCUUCUGCUCAUCUGCCUGCCCACAAUGGAGGGUUUGUUCUUUAACGUCAGUAGCGGCUACAUCGAGGGCAUUGUCCGAGGUUAUCGGAACAGCCUUCUAACCGGCCAGCACUACUCCAACCUGACCCAAUGCGAAACCAUCGAUGAUGUCAAGCUGCAGCUCGCCCCCGCAUAUGGCGACUUCCUCGCCUCUCUCCCUCCUAACCCCUCUACCUCUGCCCUGGCGGGCAAAAUGACGGAUAAGCUGGUCGCUGAGUUCCGCUACCUCCUCGCGCAGGCCACGGGGUCGACCGCCAAAUUCCUGCAGUAUCUCACCUACGGGUACAUGAUCGACAACAUCGCCCUGCUCAUCACCGGUACCCUACACGAGCGUGACACCCGCGAGCUCCUGGAGCGAUGCCAUCCCCUGGGCUGGUUCGAAACUCUGCCCGUCCUGUGCGUCGCCACGAACAUUGAAGAGCUCUACAACUCCGUCCUGAUUGAGACACCGCUUGCCGGUUACUUCAGGGGCAGCCUGAGCCACCAGGAUCUGGACGAGCUGAACAUCGAGAUCGUGCGCAACACCCUCUACAAGAACUACCUGGAGGACUUCCACAACUUCGUCAACACACACCCCGAUCUCAAGGGCACCCCGACACAAGAGGUCAUGUCGGAUAUCUUGCAGUUCGAGGCCGACCGACGUGCGAUCAACAUCACGUUGAACUCCUUUGGCACGGAGCUCUCAAAGCCAGAGCGGAGGAAGCUCUACCCGGAGUUUGGCAAGCUUUACCCGGAGGGAUCCUUGAUGCUUUCCCGGGCCGAUGAUAUCGAGUCCGUGGCUCUCGCCGUGAGCAUCUCCGCGGACUACAAGGCGUUCUUCGAUGCUGUCGGUCUCACUCAGGGAGGUGGUGGUCUGGGAGGAUCGGACGGAAAGAGUCUGGAGGAUCUGUUCUACCAGAAGGAGAUGGAGAUGAGCAAAGUGGUAUUCACGCGGCAGUUCACUCCCGCCGUUGUAUACGCAUGGAUGAGACUGAAGGAGCAGGAAAUCCGCAACGUGACCUGGAUUGCCGAGUGCAUUGCCCAGAACCAGAAAGAGAGGAUUGGAAACUUUAUCUCCGUUUUCUAGAUACCAUAUCCCUUAUGUCACUCCGUUUCCAUCUGACCUUCCUCAAAAUAUCCUGCCGCAAUAUGUACCUCUCUCAUGCUGCAUGUGUAACCUCGAGUAUCCUGUUGCUUCUGGGCGCCUUCAUUUCUCCAUUGUUUCAGUCGUGUCUAGUCAGUACCCAGUCUCUGUAAUGAGCGCAUCAAAUCGCCCAGCAUACCUAUACUAGUUUUGGCUCGCCAGUCUUUGCUAUCCUUGCCCCGGGAGUUUGGGAAUUCUGCCUGUGAUAGAGUUUCUAGAUGAAACUGGAUUCUCUCUACCUUUCAUUAUGAUGGGUGCGUACAACCACACGCAUGUGUCGUAUUAUAAUAAUAC